CCGCCGCUGAGGCCCCUGCCCGGGAGCCCCGUGACACGCUCCUGCCUCAGGGAGCAUGUGACACAGGCUGCCACGCUGGCCCCUUCCAGAAAGCAAUGGGCCCCCGUGUACUCCCUCCCGGCCUUCUGGCUGCUCCCCCACCUGGGGCAUCUAGGGGGCAGGACCGUGCCUGCCUCGCUGCCCCGCUAUUGGAAGCAAAGACCGCCACUGUUCCCAGUCAGGGCUCAGGGGUCAGGAGCCCGGGGCAGACUGGCUGGGCACAUUGCAGGGCUGGCUGUCCGGGGGCCCCAUCGCCGCACAGAACUGGUCAGGGCUGCGUUUUCUGUAUGGGGCCUGAGAACAGGGCCAAGUGUGGGUGCUGCAGCCUGAAGCCAAGCCCCUGGGCUGCUGGUGACAGCCCCACCCAGGGGCGCCAGGGACCCCACCCUCUAUGCGCCCACAGCUCCCUGUCCUGGGGAGGCCGGGACCACAUGGAUGGGCAGAUCCUGAGCCAGCUGCGCCCCCUGGCAGAGGAGGAGGAGGAGGCUGGGGCCGGGUCCACACCCUCCGCCAGGCCCGCCUUCCCCGGCAUGGGCUCUGAGGAGCUGCGGCUGGCCUCCUUCUACGACUGGCCGCUGAGCGCCGUGGUGCGGCCCGAGCUGCUGGCUGCCGCUGGCUUCUUCCACACGGGCCAGCAGGACAAGGUGAGGUGCUUCUUCUGCUACGGAGGUCUGCAGAGCUGGGAGCGAGGCGACGACCCCUGGACAGAGCAUGCCAGGUGGUUCCCCAGGUGUGAAUUCCUGCUCCAGACCAAGGGAAGGGACUUUGUCUGCAGCGCGCAGGAGUCAUGCUGCCGCCGGCCGGGCCCCUGGCUGACUGGCUCCUUUCAGGACCGUCCGGAGGACCCAGAAGAAGCAGGUCCCGCGGCCGCCUCAGAUGCCGGGGGCAGCCGGGAGUGGGCUGUGUGGAGCCAGUGCCCGGCGGUGCAGGCGGUGCUCCGGAUGGGCUUUGGGCGGGGCCAGGUGCAGCAGCUGCUGCAGCGUAAGUACCACCAAGCAGUGCUGGCUGGCAUGUCCACGUCGCAGCUGGUGGCCGACCUGCUCCAAGAAGAGGACAGGGGCUGGGCGGCAGGAGCCAGAGCUCCCACCCACCUGGGCCCUGAGCCGCCCACAUCCAGGAGAGAGGCGCAGGUGCAAAGCACCAGGGAGCCAGGGUGUGGGGGCGGUGUCACAGGUCACGCCGGUGAAGAACCAGGUGGAGCCCAGGUCCCAAGGGAGCCCCAGGGAGCCCGGGAUGCAGAGGAGCAGCUGCAGCGCCUGCGGGAGGAGCGGACCUGCAGGGUGUGCCUGGACCGCGCCGUGGCUGUCGUCUUCGUGCCCUGCGGCCACCUGGCCUGUGGCGAGUGCGCGCCCAGCCUGCAGCGGUGCCCCGUCUGCAGGGCCCCCAUCCGCAGCUGUGUGCGCACCUUCCUGGCCUAGGCUGGGAGCUGUGAGCACCAGCCCCGAGGGGACCCCUCACCCGCUCAAAGUGUCCCUCGGCCCACCCAGUGGCCUGCGGAGGACAGCUGAGCUGGUGUCCAGCACUGACCACUCUGGCGGGCAAGAGGGAGCUGCGGGCGGCUUGGCGCCAGGGGCCAGGAGGGGGGCGCUUUACCUACGUGUGGAUGCUCUGGAAGCGUCAAAAUAAAGUGUGGGUUUUCCCUGCUCA